AUGGGGCCGCUGCCGGGGCUCCUGCUGCUGCUGCUGGGCGUGGCGGGGUGCCCCGGGGCCCGGGGGGCCCGGCCCGCGGAGCCGCGCGCCGCCUGGGUGACGGUGCCGCGGCAGCUGAGCCCCCGGGGCGACCAGGACACCCCGGCCCUUUCCUACUGGCUGAACGUGGCCGGGCGGCCGCGGGUGCUGCGCCUGCAGCCCAGGAGGGGCCUGGUCUCCCGCCCCUUCACCCUGGUCACCUACGGCCGGGAUGGGGCCCGCCGGGAGGAGCACCCCUUCGUGCGGGACAACUGCUUCUACCAGGGCGACGUGGUGGGGAGCCCCGGCUCCCUUGUGGGCCUCAGCACCUGCGGCAGGGGCCUCCACGGCGUGCUCUGGGUGGAGGAUGAUACCUACCAGAUCGAGCCCGUCCCCAAUGAUCCGGCCUUCCGGCACAUUCUCUACCGCAUGGAGGAGGACAACAGCCCCGAGGGAACCAGCUGCGGGCUGACGCCGGAGGUGCUGCAGCAACAAAAGGCUGUGCUGCCGUGGUUCAAAGCUCCCAAGGCAGUGGACGAGAACGAAAAGCUGAAGGACUGGUGGACACACAUCAGGUAUGUGAAGAUGGUAGUGGUCGUGGACCACGUGCGGUUUGUGAAGUCAGGCAGGAGCAAAUCCCAAGUCUUGAAGGAGGUCAUGCAAGUCAUCAAUCUUGGGGACAUUUUGUACAAACAGCUUUCUGUCCGGCUCUUUCUUAUAGGAUUGGAGAUCUGGACUGAAAAUAACUUUAUAAAUAUUACCAACUCUAUUCCCAAGGUACUUAGUGACUUUAACGCCUGGAGAAAGUCAAACCUGUUACCUCGCAUGUACCACGAUGUUGCUCACUUAUUUGCAUUCCAGUGGUUUGGAAGCAGCCUGGGAUUGGCAUAUAUAGGGGCAGUGUGUGAUAGCCACUGGGCAGCGUCUGUUGUUUCCUUCACUACAAAAAAGUUGUCUUCACUUAUUAUCACAUUUGUCCAUGAGCUGGGCCAUAAUCUUGGGAUGGUCCACGAUAAACCAGAAUGUAAUUGCAAACGCAAGACGUGCAUUAUGUAUGAAAAUAAUGCUGAAACGGAUUCAUUCAGUGACUGCAGUUACAAAGAGUACUUUGAGCUGGUCGUAAAUGGUGCUCCGUGCCUUCGUCAGCCACCAGCACCUGGCACUUUCUACACCGGGAAAAGUGAAUACUGUGGGAAUAAGAUAGUAGAAAGUGGAGAGCAAUGUGACUGUGGUUCAGCAGCAAGCUGCCGAAGAGAUCCUUGUUGCCGCGCAAACUGUACAUUUACUGCAGGUUCAGACUGUGCAUCUGGAAAAUGCUGCAAGAACUGUAAGGUCCUUCCAGCAGGAACACUCUGCAGAGCAAGUAGUGGCAGCUGUGACCUGCCAGAGUAUUGCAAUGGGAUUUCCCCUCAGUGCCCACUGGAUGUAUACCUACAAGAUGGAGCUCCUUGCAAUGAUGGUGUUUAUUGCUAUCAAGGAAAGUGUUCUUCCCACAGAGAAAAGUGCCAGCAUCUCUUUGGCAGACAAGCCAAGGUUGCCCCUUUAGAUUGCUUCAAAGCAGUGAAUACUCAAGGUGACCGGUUUGGGAAUUGUGGUAUUCGUGACAAUAUCUAUUUUGAAAAAUGCAGUAUGAAGAAUGUCUUGUGUGGUAGGAUUCAAUGUGAAAACAUCGCCAGAAUACCUUUCUUGCAGAACCAUGUAACAGUAGUCCAAACUCCCGUUCGAGACACAAAUUGUUGGGGUCUCGACUAUCACGUAGGGAUACCAAGAGCAGAUGAGGGAGCUGUGGAAGAUGGCACACCAUGUGGUAGUGAUAUGCUUUGUAUCAACAGGACGUGUAUGAGUGUAUUAGUGCUGAACUACGACUGCAACACGACAAAGUGUCAUGACAGAGGAGUGUGUAACAAUCGCAAGAACUGUCACUGUGAGUAUGGCUGGGCUCCUCCGUAUUGUGAAUUGGAAGGAUAUGGAGGUAGCAUUGACAGUGGACCCCCUCCAGCCAAGAACACUGAGAGAGCAAAAACAACUACGGCCUAUUCCUUAACCUUCUCAAGGAAACCAGCUCCAGCCUGGGGAGCAGGGCGAGGCACAGAUGCCGCGCAGGGGCCUGGGAAGGUGCGGGGGCAGGAGGACGCUGUGCCGGGCUCCCCUGGGCUCGCUGCUCUUCCGUCUCUGCGGUGA